UGGACACAGCAGAUCCCCGAUCAAUGGAAAGAGCCGAAGAUGUCGGCUCGGUCAUGUGAUCAGCUGUGUCCAAUCACAGCUGAUCACAUCAGUGCCCCCUGUCAGUGUCCAUCAGUGCCAGCUGUCAGUGCUCAUCCAUGCUACCUGCCAGUGCCCAUCAGUGCCACAUCAAUGCCACAUAUCAGUGCCUACCAGUGCACAUCAAUGCCACAUAUUGGUGCCCAUCUGAGCUGCCUUUCAGUGUCACCCAUCAGUGCCAGUCAGUGCCACCUAUCAGUGCCGCCUAUCAGUGCCAGUCAGUGCCACCUGUCAGUGUGCAUCAAUACCGCCUAUCAGUGCCGCCUAACAGUGCCAGUCAGUGCU